UCAUCCUGAUGUGAGGCCCGUCAGGAAUCAAUUGCGCGCAAUCCAUCGACGACGGCGGUCGUGGUGCUCUAAGCCCAGUCUUUGGACAGUAUUAAGUGGCCAAGUUCCCGGGGCGAUCGAGGAAGUUAAAGCCUUGGAGCCCUUGAGCCGAGCACGACGAUCUUUUGAGCGAUGAUCGUGGUGUGUUAAACAUUUCAGUGUGUUCUUUGUGUGUUUGUCUGUCGGUGAGUGCGCGCUAUUUUUAUUUGUUAACUGCAGAACCCCGUUAAACAUCCACGCAAUGUAAAAAACAAAAAACAAAAAAAAAAAACCCAAAAAAGUAUCUGUGUAAAAGUGCAAAGAGACAAGCGAAGAAUGUGCCAAAAACAACAUUUUGCUUUUGCUGGGUGCGGUGAUCUUGAACCCGCGCUCAGCUUCGCGUAACGGUGCAUCCCAUCCAGGCAAGUGCAGGAAGAUGGGAUGGAAAAGCACAAAGAACAGCAGCCCCAACCAGACCCAGAGCCAGAGCCAGAGUCAAAGUCAGAGAUGAGGACCAAGACGAGGAAGUCGGUGCAUUUAUUUUGAUUGCUUGUGUAUCAUCGUCGGGGAUCUCUCUGCGCGCCCACUCUUUUUGCGGGCAUUUUGGUCCCCCAAAUGGUUUUCCGCUCAUUUUCGGCGCAGCCUCCCAAAAGAUCUCAUCUACAAAAGAAAACGACUUCAAAACACCUAUUUUUUAGACGAUAAUCCCCAUUGUAACAACUAGCUAGCUAGCAGCCAGCAGCCAGCAGCCACCAGCGGGCGGAGCCAAGAGCGCGCGCUUAAUAGCUAUAAAAAUACAUACUUUUCGAGAUUUGAAAGGAUUCAAUCGGUGGAAUGGAGCAUCUCUCGCACUUAUACCCCCCGCAGCUUCCGAAAGUGCGUGGCCGACCACGGGCCACCUAUGCCCAAACCGGGGAGUUCGAUCUGGGCCUGAUCCGGGAAUACCGAUCCCGCCCAGUGCUCUACGAUCGCUCCAACAAGCGUUUCAAAGACAAACUGUAUGUGGCCCAACAGUGGGAACAAAUGUCCCAUAAGCUAGGCUAUGACGCAACCAGUUUAAGGGACCGCAUGAUCACUUUAAGGAAUCGCUACAACAUUGAGAAGCGACGCGUUGAGAACGGACUCUCCACCCAGGCGUCUCAGUGGCCGCUGUUCGAGAGCCUCCAGUUUCUUGGCGACCACAUCCGACCCAGGCGCAGCUUUAAGAACAUGUCCCGAAAUGACGACGAUGAGGAGCAGUAUGGCAUGGACGACCAGAGCGAUAGCAACGGUCAAAAUAUGAGUAUUAAGGAUGAAAUGGAGGAUGAAAGCGAGAUUUUUGAUUGCGAACAAACGCUUCCCGUUACUACAGUACUGGGGAUUCCACCGAACUCCGACGAGACAAACAAGAGCCAGCGGCAGAGCAACGGCAGCGACAUGGCCAAUGGCAAGGGCUACAAUCACUUUGCGGAGAAUUUCCAAAAUCGCCAUCAGCCGGAAUAUAUCAUCAGUAGUCCCGUAGUUCCGAAGAGCAUUAAUAAGCGUUCGGCGGCGCUCGACGAGCCAGCGAUCAAACGCAGGGCUGUCCAAAAUAUGGGAAUGCCUUCCUUCUACCCCACACCCGCUCCCCCACCUUUGCCAGCGUCAUACGCAAAGUUCCACGGCUUUGGCGAAUUUAUGGUCCACUCUCUGUGCGAUAUGCCUAUGACAACUGCUCUGCGUUUGGUUCAGAAAUUCACCCGCGAGCUCGUCCAGACUUCCCUCAAACAUGACGACAGUGGGAGCUCAACGAAGCCAGACCAGGGCGAUGCCACCGACCCGGUCGAUCCCGAAAACAGCAGCGAGUCUCAGGGGGAGGAUUUUGAGUAGAGAUUAAGUUGCAAUUUUAAAAUACGGGUAGGGAUAUUGAAACGCAAGUCCACAAUUAUAAAUAUAGCCGCACUAAUGACAGAUACGAUUAUUGAUUAUACAUAAGUUAAAUACUCUUCUUUUAAGUCGUCUGACCUCGAAAAACAUGGAGGCAAAGAUAAUCGCAUUUCAUUUAAUAACAUAAUGGAAAAAUAUACUCAUAAUUUGCUUUGUUUUAAAGGCAUGGGGAUGGUUUACUAGUUUACAAGUUUUUAGGCCCAGCAAUGUCUUCGAUUUUAUAAUUCUGUAAUGGUAUUGAAUCCUAUAAAAAGUAUUAUAUAGAGCCAUAUAGAUUUUUAACAAUAAUAUAAAUUAUAAUUUUAACAAUG